UCUCUGGAUGCUUUCAAGGGAGAGCUAGAUAGGACUCUUAAAGAUAGCGGAGUCAGGGGAUAUGGGGAGAAGGCAGGAACGGGGUACUGAUUGGGGAUGAUCAGCCAUGAUUACAUUGAAUGGCGGUGCUGGCUCGAAGGGCCGAAUGGCCUAAUCUUACACCGAUUGUCUAUUGUCUUUUGUCUAUAACACAUUUCAAAGUAACCAUUGCUUAGAGUGAAUAUCGUAGUGAGGCAUCAGAUGAAUGAUUUGCUCGGAAUGUUAAAACUGCAAUGUUUCUGGUCCUGAUUCUGUCUCUCUCCGUGAUUAUUUUCACAGCUGCUGAAAAAACUGCGAUCCACGUUACCCAAAUUCCAGAACGAAAGGUUAUAUUGAAGGGAGCAAACGUCACCUUUCACUGCAUAAUCCCACUUGCGGAUAACAGUUCGGGAAUCGAAGUGCGUUGGCGAAAACAGGGCGAGAAUGAAUAUAUACAAAGCGACGCUGAUGGCAGAAAGCGAUUCACCGUCAAAAAUAGAUCAGGCGGAUAUUUUGAUUUACUGAACACGACCUACGAGGAUUCGGGAAACUAUCGCUGUGUAGUCAUGCGUCAGGGGGAAAUUAGCGGAGAAGGAACAGGGUCAGAACUAACAGUAUGUGCCCUUCCAACUCCACUGAAGAUUAACUGGAUAUCCGAGAGCAAUUCAUCUGCAGCUGCAACGCUUGUCUGUAAAACGGCCGAGUUUCACCCGGGUGAUCUAACCCUUCUAUGGUAUAAAAAUAGCGUUGCUGUUACAGCUAAGGCUAAUACCAUUAAACAGAAAAAUAGUGAAGGGUUGUACACGGCUUCCAGUUCAUUAUCUAUGACGCAGUCGGAGGCCAGCGGGAAUAUUUACAUUUGUCUGGUGAUACAUAUCUCCCUCCAAAGACCCGCCAUUGCCACGCACGCCCUUCGCAAACCCGGUCAAGGUAUGACUUGA